AUGUUGCAGUUGCAACUAGCUGUGCUCACCAGCCUUUUGGUCCUGGCCACCUGUAAAGUGCACAAGCAAGUGCCGACAAACAGUUGGCGGGAUAUGCUUUUCGGCAGCAAGUGGCUAACACCUGCUCCGCGUUGGCGAGAAUCCAAAUUUCUGCCCAUUUUCGCGCUGGUUCCCAUUGGUCCUGGCAGCUGUUCAGCGCCGUCGGGCGAACAGGGAAAUUGCAUUCCCAGCAAGGAUUGUGUGCUGAGAAAUGGAAUUCCAGCUGGUCCCUGUGGCGGUGGCUAUGGCGUCUGCUGCAUCUUCCUUCAGACCUGCGGCGGUGUCAUACGCGAGAACUCCACUUACUUUGUGAAUCCCAAUCAUCCGGAUGUCUACGAUGGCACCGGCAGCUGUCAGGUGACGGUGCAGAAGCUCCACCCGGAUAUAUGCCAGCUUCGCCUGGACUUGGAUAUGUUUUCCAUAGCCCCUCCAGAGGCAGCCAAUCAUCUGUGCAACCAGGAUCAGUUGCUUAUAUCGGGCGGCAGUCCCACACCCACCAUUUGUGGCAGUUCAACCGGAGAUCACAUGUACAUUGACGCGGGUCUGGGGCAGAGCAACCCGAUUGUUUUAUCGGUGAUCACCAGCGGAAGUUUUCCGCGUCUGUGGCGCAUCCGCGUUACCCAAAUCCACUGCGGGAGUAUCUCACGAGCGGACCAAGGCUGUCUGCAGUACUACACGGCCAUUAGUGGACGGGUGCGUAGUUUCAACUACAACACGGUGGGUGGAAGACAGUUGUCCAACCAGGACUACAGCAUCUGCAUUCGUAACGAACGCAACUUCUGCGGGAUUCAGUACAACGCAUGUCCCGAUCUGGAAAACAACCGAUCGAGGGCAUUCACCCUGUCUGGAAAUUCUAACAAUCCGGUGCCCACAAUGGUGGGUGGUGGAGGUUCUGUGUUGCCCAAUGCCAAUGGAUGUGUGAGCGAUUGGCUUCUGAUUGGCUGCAUCAGGUCGGCGGAUAGGAUUCCUCCUCUGCCAGGUUGCGAGGAUCGCGUCUGUGGAGGCACUUUCAGCGCGGAGGCUGGGAUGCUGGCCAAAACUGUGCAAUCCAGCGUUCGUCCAUUCCGGCUUUACUUUCACACGGAUGGAGUAGAAGCUCCCAAUGACAUUGACAAUAGAGGUUUUUGCCUUGAUUAUGUCCAGCAGCCAUGCACUAAUGGUUUCUAGCCGUCAUCCAAAAAGUAUGCAAUACUCUUUACAAGAAACACAAGACAUGACCCGCGCGACUAAAGUCGCUAGGAAAUUGUGAUUGGCGCUGCAAAAGUCGCAGACAAAACGCGCACAUUUUUCGUAUGUAAUAAAUAUGUUUUUAUUUAUUGAUUUUUACGUAAUUAAGUUAGACAUAACUUUAAAAUUUAAGUUAAUUUAGAAAGCACAAAUCGUGUCGUAUUUUGGUACAAAUUUUAAUGACGUGGUUCGGGAUAUCGAAAUUUCUUGCGAUCGAAAUUCUAACAUUAAAAUCGUUUUCAACUACUAAUACAGGUUUAUUGAAUUACGUUUAAUUAAUAAUACUUAGCUGAAGCAAAAACAAAAAAUUAAAUAACAGAAAAACACGAUGAAAAACGCUUUUGUUUAAGGACAUUUUCGUUGAUGUUGUUGGUACUUAUUGUUGCUGUGGCAAAAUAAAAAAACACAAGUACUGAUGAUGCGCACGUUGUCGUAUAAAAGGGAUUUUCUGGGUUCGCUUGCUCGCCUGAGAUCGCCAAUUUCAGUCUGUGCGCGUAGUGCCCGACUUGUGACGUCACUGGGGAUGGGAUUAUCUCGGAUGUGAUGCGGGUAUCUACGAUAAUAGUCUCCUAAUCCUAAUAGGUUUGUAUUAAACCAGCCACGUGCUGUUUUUCCUCUUCGGUCAAACCAUUCUUCAGCGUGCGCCGCAC